AUGUCGACCGGAAAGUUCAUUGUUGUCUUCAAGGACAACGUCAGCAAGGCAGAUAUUGACCAAUACGUCUCCGAGCUCAACACCAGUGGGGGCGAGGUGACCAACUCGUACUACAGUGAAGGUGGCAUCCUCAAUGGAUUUGCUGCGAAGAUCCCCGAGAGCUUCCUUACCUCGCGUUUGCAAGGAAACGAGGUCGUCGACUACAUCGAACCCGAUGGUGUUGUUACCACUCAAUGA